GCAAUAGUUAAUAUUAGUACUACUACCACUACUACUAUUACUACCACUACUACUACUACUACUACUACUACUACCAUUACUAACACUACUACUACUACUACUACUACUACUACUACUACCACUACCACCAACACUACUACUAGUACUACCACUACUACCACUACUAACACUACUACUACUACUACUACUACCAUCAACACUACUACUAGUACUAAUGAUAAUAAUAUUAAUAAACAUUAA